AUGGCUCCCCGAAGUCUUCCACCGCGGACUCCCAAGAAAUACAAGAAGAGGCCUGGACAUGCCAGAACCGAACCCAAGCCAAAGGACACUCCACGAUCUCUCCCAUCGCUGGCCCCCCUUAUCAAAGCGCACAGGCUUCGCGUCAAAAUUGCCGAGUUAAUGAAUUCGGAAACUCUCGUCUGCACACCCGAUGAGUUCAUGGACCGCUACAUGCCACCCCGGGACGAAGGAACGACACAACAAGUGCUGGACCUGUUGCUCGACGCAGGAAUCCUUGUCCCUCGCAAUGCCAACCUGCCGACGGCUACAGAGUCCACGCAGGGUGCAUACCGUUAUGUGUUCAAGGUAUUCCAGCAAAAGCCCUCUGAAGUGAAGAAGGGAACGAAGAAGCGUCCCCAAGGAGACAACGGCGAGAUCAGUGACAAAACCGUGAAUGAGAUCCUGAUGUUCGACAAUCUAGGCGAAGUUGGCCAGGCAAUUCUCGAGGCCUUGAAGAAUGUCGAGGGGGUAAAAACCAACGGCCACCAGAUUCGCAUGUGCCCGCACAAGCCAGUCACAUCGACAAUCGAGGGACAUGGCCACAGGAUUGACGCUUCACUCACGAGUAAUCUUGACAAGAAGAUACCGCUGCUCGUUACCGACAUCAUAAUUCCGUUUGAAUUCAAACUCACGCUUACUAAUGAGGACGGGAACCGCCAGCAAUUGGUUUGCCAAAUCAACCACACAAUGAAUGAUGAUCCCCGUCGCCUAUGGGUCUACGGAAUGACUAUUGAGGAUGACCAGGUCACCAUCUGGUAUUUCUCCCGUUCUCACUCGAUGAUGUCAAUGUCCUUCAGCUUUCUCGAUCGCGCAGACUUACUCGUCGAGAUGCUUGUCUCGUUCUUCUGUGCGACAGAUGAGCAGCUUGGCAUUGACCCCAAUGUCAAGCUAGUGGCAAAGGACAAAUACGUCUACAGGUUCCCCAGCGAUGCCACCAACCCCGAGCCUGCCUACUAUUACACAGUAGACUCCAUCGUGGAGUAUCGCCCACAGAGACUGCGGUGUCGCGGGACUCGCCUUUGGAAGGUCACGCAAGUCAAAUCGUUUGACAAUUACGAUCGCAUCUCCGACAAAGACUUGGUCCUCAAGGAAGUCUUCCUCAAUAACGACGCUCCAUCCGAGAUGGAUAUCCAGCAGAAGCUUUUCGAGGACGUAAAGAAGUUUAGGGGUGACAAGGGAUGGCGUCAGAGGGAGAUUCUGUCGGCCUUUAGUGCAGAGAGCAAAAGAACCCUUGGUACUGCACUCAAAGACUUCAAGAAAUAUUUCUCCUGCGCCAUCCGCCAACACAGUGGCCAUCCUGGUCUCGAAGUAUCGCCCAAAGCACGGGCUGUCCCUAACAUCUUCCCCGUCUACACACCUCCCCCCGAACAGCCUCUCGGGACCACGGUUAGACAUAUGAGUGGGACUCAAUCGGCGUUGGAGCAGGCCCGCAUGAAGAAGUCCACCCGAAAUAAGCCCUCUGAAAUAAAAGCUGAUCCGGACUCUCUCACUCCAAGGCGUCCGUGCCGAGUUCUCUUUGAGAAUGUCUGCACUCCCCUUCACGAUAUACCAACCCUCGGAGAAGCCAUUGACAUCCUGAAGCAAUGUGUUAUCGCCCUUCAGAUCAUGUUUUGUGCUGGAUGGGUGCACCGGGACAUUAGUGCGGGUAACAUCCUCGCCCUUCGGGGUAAGCGAGGGAAAUGGCAAGUGAAAUUAUCCGACCUUGAGUAUGCGAAGAGAUUCCCCUCCAACGCACCCGCCAGCUCCCAGCCCAAGACGGGGACACCCUACUUUAUGCCUUUGGAGAUCCUCAUGAAAACACUUCUCGUACGUCCGGAGUAUGACCGAGUCAUAAACAUGGGAAUAGAACGUACCCCAACCAUUGUUGCCCCAAGGAUCGUCAUACAUGGCUUUCAGCAUGACCUGGAGUCCGUCUGGUGGAUCAUCCUCUGGCUGAUUACCAUGCGAGUUGCCGAGGACUUGCCCAGAAAGUUCGGGAAAAGGGUGUUCCGCAACAACCCCAUGGUAGGCGCUCGCAAGGCAGUUCUGGACGAGAUGGAGCUCUACGAGCGCCAAGACCUCAUUGACUCACUUCCAGCACCGUUGAAAGGCUCCUCGUUUGUUGUUGCCCUCGACAAUCUGCGCAGGAACCUUGUGACCGACUAUUUGAAUCGUAACAGGGACAAGACGCAUGAUGACCUUACAACGUAUUCGUGGAUUAUUGGAGAAGGAUUCAAACUGUUCUUCAAUCAUGUCUCGCGCACCCAAAAGGAGUGGACCAACAUUGAGAUGAUGGAGAAGAUGAUGACCGCGGAAGAUUUUGAAGUUCUGGAGGACAGUUCAGAUUACGCUGAACCACCAUCGCCUACCCCAGCUGUGGGAAGGUCAUCCAAGAAGCCUCGAUUAUAG